AUGCGAAUGCCUGAUACGAGGCACUCCUCAUCGCCAACCGCACUGCGUCUCGCCAUGUUGUGUGUUGGUGUUUCUGUCAGUGUCUCCACACUACUUCUAAGUGCCGCUGCUCACACUCCAAAGCAGCAUAACAAUGGGAAAGUCAAUAACCUCAAGGGACGUGACGCUUAUUACUUCUAUGGAUAUGACAAUGUCUCUGGGAAGCCCACAACAGGUUCAGACGGUAUUACUCAACUUCCUGAUGGGCUCGUACGCAGCCCGCCCCUUCACGAACAUUCCUUCGGGAGUCCCAUCGUUGCGGACUGGUGGGAUGAAGGCGUACCGCAUUUUGUUUUAAGUGGUGGUGCUCUUGCAAGUGAAGAGUUCAUACGGCUGGCACCUGCGGGGGCUUUGGGAGCACGCGGUUUCGCCUUCAAUACGGUGCCAUGCGACCAUAAGUCGUGGGAAGUGCGGCUUCGCUUUUCUAUUCGCACUCCGCUGCCGAUAGCACGUGCCCGGGCCAUGGAAAAACGACGAAAAGGAAACGAGGCGGGAAAUGGAGAAGGAGGUGAAGAAGAAAAAGAAGAGGAAUCAUAUCAGGGUGGUGACGGUAUGGCGUUGUGGUACAUUGAACGGCCUAUCGGUGAUAACAAUCAGCAUGUGCCCAAGCAUGCAAAGGCAAAGGAAGACCAAAAGGAAGAGGAGGAUCCGUCAGAUCCCCUUGAUCCACGAAGGGUGGCGGACCUUCUUCACAAUACCACUGAAAGUGACGAUGACGAUGAUGAUGAUGAUGAUGAUGAGGGAGUUGUGAAUGAAACGAAGCGGGAGGAGCGGCACGCCGAACGUCUGAAACGGCAGAAGGAACGCGAGGAGUUGUACAGUCGAUUCCUCAAGCGCGGAACGUCACAAAAUGAGAGUGACCUGGAGCCUCGUGUAUUCGGUCUCAAAUUUUCUGACUUUAAGGGGUUUGGUGUGCUAAUUGACUCCAUCGGCCGGACCGAAGGGUACGAAGAUGGCAACGGAGGCGAAGAUAAAACUGGAAGAGAUAAAAAGAAGCACGUGAAGCAUGAACCAAAGAUCACACUGCUGCUUAAUCUCCCCGGAAGCGAAGCAGAGGGGGGCCGUCCGCCAACCGUAAAUAAUUUCGACCCAACUCAGCCUGAUUUCCGAGUAUCCCCAGUUAGGCUGCAGUGCAAUUAUGACUUCCGUCAAGCACCUACUCCGCAUGCCAUAAUGAUGGGGCUUAACCACCAAAACAUUAAAGAACAGAAGGGAACUCAGCGGUCACAGCAUAAACAACGCGUGGAAGAGGAAGAGGAGAUUCUGCGCCGUACGCCGGAAGAACCUGUGGAGUUGCUGGUACGAUACUACGAUGGUAAGCUCCGCGUGGCGCUCCGGCGUGAGAAUAUUAGUCUCCGCCGGGUUGUCUUCACCGCGCCCCCACAACCGAAGGCUCGUCACCUACCGCAAUCAUCAAACUAUUAUAUUGAGCACAGCUAUGAUGAAACGCUCUGUGGUGAGCUCAGUGGCGUGAAGCUCCCACUCAUGUAUCAUUUCGGCGUCUCGGUAAGUACGGGGAGAAGGCCACACCAUUCAAAUUCCCGGAAGCGUAGUCAUUCACCAAAUGCCCCUCGGGGACCGCUGGCAGCGCUGAUGGCAAAUGAUGGGACAGCAGUUGACGAACUUGCGCACGUGGACGUCCACGAAGCGAUGUCGUUCGAGCUCCGUGAGUUGGCUCAUGAUGCGGAGGCGAUGAGUCACGGGAAACAUGCUGCAAUGGAGCAUUUUGACUAUGAGACAGAUCAGAAGGAGCGAGAAGAGUACUCACGGGGACUUCACGGAGGCGGCGGCAGCGUGGAGAAUGAGGGAAAUACUGAGGUGAAGGAGAAACAAUGA